AUGACGGCCAUUUCGUACGGGCCUCUGCCGGCGCACGGCUUCGACUACUAUCCACCCCCAGGCCCCUCCCCGCACCGCCCUCUCCUCGUCUUCGUCCACGGCGGUGCCUGGCGUUCCGGCGACAAGGCCGACCAUGCUGCGCUCGCUCGCACCCUCGCCUCCCUCACCGCCUGCGCGGUCGCCGUCCCCAACUACCAGCUGACCUCCCAAGCCCAUCCCCUGCAGCACCCCUCGCACGCCGAGGACGUCCUGCGCUGCCUCCACUUCCUCACGACGUGGGCCGGCCCGGACCCCUCCAGCCCGCAGCCGCCCCCGAGCGCGCUCUACCUCCUCGGCCACAGCUGCAGCGCGCACAUGCUCGCGUCCAUCUUCCUGCGGUCGCCCUACGCGGCCGAGCUGACGCCCUCGCGGCAGCUCCUCGCCGCGACCCGCGCCGUCCUUCUCUCCGAGGGCAUUUACGACAUCGACGCGCUCCUCCGCUCCUUCCCCAAUUAUAAGCCGUGGUUCAUCGCUCCCACAUUCGGAGACCAUGACGCGUACCCGGAGGCAGACGCUGCGUCGUACCCACUGCGCACUGGGGCCGAGCACGUCCGCUGGCUCAUCAUGCACUCCAAGGGCGACCAGCUCGUCGACGAGCUCCAGAGCGCGACGAUGUACGCCCACUUGUCUGCGAUGACCGAAGGAUUGCCCGCUGGCCCGCGUCCGCUGGUAGAGAAGAACUUCCACGAGCUGGAGGAGAACCACGACGACAUCUUCCAAGGCGAGGUGUAUCCGCGCAUCAUCGCCGACUUCGUUAAACGCCACCAGGAGGACAAGUCCACCUCUCCCGGGCCCGCUACUGCGACGUAGGAUGCAAGAAUGUCGAUUGCGUCAUUGGUCUGUCCGCAGGCCGAUCGCAGCUACAGAUCUCGACAACGAUCCACCUCCUCCAACUCUAUCAGCCUUCGAUCGGCGGCGUUUCUCCUGCUCCACCCUGUGUCGUUCGUCGGGAGCGCCGGCUUCCUGUGUUCUCGGUACCGCUGGGGCCCGUGGCUGUUGCUGUUUGUACGUGUAGAACUCGGUGGUGCAUAUGUGAAGAGAAGAUAUAUUUGCCAAUAUACGUUUGUUGUAUAGCGUCAGUCUA